CUGCUCCAGCUCAAAGCUAACUGAGACUGAAUUUUGAGUGAGAGAUGUUGAAAGGGGAGACUGAUGAUGCUGGCGGUGGUGGUGGUGGUGGUAACAACUGGGCACGUGUGUGUGAUACGUGCAGUUCUGCUGCUUGCACUGUGUACUGCCGAGCAGACUCGGCUUACCUUUGUGCGGACUGUGAUGCACGAGUCCAUGCUGCUAACAGGGUAGCAUCACGCCAUGAGCGCGUGUGGGUGUGUGAGGCAUGUGAGCGUGCUCCGGCUGCUUUCUUGUGCAAGGCAGAUGCUGCCUCACUCUGUGCUUCAUGUGAUGCAGAUAUUCACUCUGCAAAUCCACUAGCACGCCGCCACCAAAGGGUCCCAAUUCUUCCUAUUUCAGGAAGCCUCUAUGGGCCCCCCGCCAGUGACCAAGGUGGGAGAGUAGUAGCAUCAGCAGCAGAGACUGAGGAUGGACCUCUAGCUCUGGAUGAUGAGGAGACAUUUGGUGAUGAGGAUGAGAGUGAAGCAGCUUCUUGGUUACUGCUAAAUCCAGGUAAGAAUAGCACCAACCAGAACACUGGAUUCUUGUUUGGUAGGGAGGCCGACGAGUAUCUGGACCUUGUCGAGUACAAUUCAAGUGCCGAGAAUCAAUACAACAAUCACUACCAGCAGCAACAAAAUCAUAGUUUUCCACAAAAGAAUUAUGGGGGUGAUAGUGUUGUUCCAGUUCAAUGUGGAGAUGCUAAGAAUCAGCUCCAGCAGCAACAGCACCAGAACUACCACUUCGGCAUGGAAUAUGGCUCCUCAAAAGCUGUGUACAGCUACAAUGGUUCAAUUAGUCACAGCGCAUCCAUUUCAUCCAUGGAUGUUGGUGUUGUGCCAGAAACAACAAUGAGUGAUAUCUCAAUCUCGCACACAAGGCCUCCAAAAGGUACAAUAGACCUCUUCUCUGGACCUCUUAUUCAGAUGCCACCACAACUUACUCCAAUGGACAGGGAGGCUAGGGUCCUAAGAUACAGAGAAAAGAAGAAGACAAGGAAGUUUGAAAAAACAAUAAGAUAUGCUUCAAGGAAAGCAUACGCAGAGACUAGACCUCGGAUCAAGGGUCGGUUUGCAAAGAGAACCAAUGUAGAGAUUCAAGUGGACCAGAUGUUCUCUACAACAUUAAUGCCAGAAACUGGAUAUGGCAUUGUUCCUUCAUUCUAAGUUUGGUCAGAAGAAGAAAAAGGAAAAGGAAACCUCCUCACUGGGAGUUGUAUGAGUUCUUAGUUAAGCUCUAUUGCUGAUACUCUAUCAUUCUCAAUCUAAUUAGCCUGAAUAGAAAAUAUAUGUUUUUAGUGGUUUUGUUAAUUUCUCUAGAUCAUGUGGCUUCUAUUUCUAAAUGCAUGUAUAUUAAUAAUUUUUUAUAUUUAUUACUAAGCAAUUAGAAGCAUCCUUUUUCUCAGUGUUCCAUCUUUUGUUACAUUUUCAAAUAAUGGCUUGAUAGAUAC